CAUCCAUCCACAAAAUUAAAAAGGCAGAGAAACACUGCAGCAUCAGCAGCCAGCAGUGGACGCGUUCCAAUACACCAACCGGCCGGCGGCGAGGGCGACGCGAACGCGAGGACUCGCUCGCCGCGGCGGCGGAGCGGCCGGAGGAGGGGGGAAGGGAUGACGAUGCUGCAGCGGUGGUCGUCGUCGGUGUGGAGCGUCAGCGACAGCGGGCGGCUACUGUGGGCGGACAAGGCGUGGAGGGCGCACGCCGGGAUGGCGUUCACGCAGCUCGCCUACGGCGGCUACCACGUCCUCACCAAGUCCGUCCUCAACGUCGGCAUGAACCAGAUCGUCUUCUGCGUCUACCGCGACCUCGUCGCCCUCGCCCUCCUCGCCCCCGCCGCCUUCCUCCACGAGCGCCGCACCCGCCGCCCCCUCACGCCUCAGCUCCUCGCCUCCUUCGCUCUCCUCGGCCUCACCGGGAUCUUCGGGAACCAGCUCCUGUUCUUGCUCGGCCUCAGCUUCACCAAUGCCUCCUACGCCGCAGCUUUCCAGCCCGCCAUACCGGUGUUCACGUUCCUCUUAGCCGCAAUCGUCGGCGUGGAGGUGAUCAAUAUCUUCACCAAGGACGGCGUCAUCAAGGUGGUUGGCACAGCCGUGUGCGUCUCUGGAGCUGUUCUAAUGGUGUUCUAUAGAGGGCCCUCCUUGAUCGGCAUGGGAUUGGGAGGGGGCUCCAAUGAUGUGGGUGGAAAUGCUCUGUCCAGCACAUGGAGCAGCAGUUCUUCCACCCCUCAGUGGUUGACAUCGGCUAUGCUCCAAUAUGGUGUAGAAUCCUGGCAUCUUGGUGUGAUCUGCCUGCUCGGGAACUGCUUCCUGAUGGGUGCUUAUCUUGUCAUACAGGCUCCGUUGCUGAUAAAAUAUCCUGCGAGCUUAUCCUUAACAGCUUACUCGUAUUCAUUUGCCACUCUCUUCAUGGUGCUGACUGGGGUGGUUUCGACCAGUGGGCUCCAUGAAUGGGCAUUGACAACGACCGAGAUCAUUGCUAUUCUAUAUGCUGGAAUCGUUGCGUCUUGCUUGAACUACGCAAUCAUGACUUGGUCAAACAAAAUUCUUGGCCCCUCUCUGGUUGCCCUCUACAACCCACUCCAACCAGCAUGUUCUACAAUCCUAUCAACUAUAUUUCUUGGUACCCCAAUAUAUCUUGGAAGCGUUAUUGGGGGAGUCUUUAUCAUUGCUGGUCUAUACCUUGUUACUUGGGCCCGCUACAAUGAGGCGCAAAGAGUACUGGCAAUUGGCUAUUUAGACCCUCUUCUUGCAGAGGAUCCACCAACCCCCAAGGCACAGGGAAGUUCUUUCAGUGGCUCCAUUGAUCCUUAGAUCUCACGGGGGCAGACGAGCUGUCCUGAGCAGCAGCAGCAGAAUUACUUCAUGUAUUAAUACAGUUCUCACCUAUACUUUUUCUACGUCAAGAUUCCCAUCAAUUUUAGAAAGCAUGCUAUUACCAUUUGUAGCAAUUGUUUAUGUUCCAUCAUCAGGGAGAUGUUCAGAAUACUGAGCUCAUAGUAGCCAUUGUUCUGAGCUCAUAUCAAUGGAGCCAUUUUUUCAGCAAUGGAGAUGCCAUUGAUUAACAAUGAUCAGUGACCGUCCAGCUUCUACAGUUGUUUUUACAGCUCACAGGCGAUCAGCAGUAGGAACAGCUUCAGUGAUUAAAGCAGACUGUUCUCUAGGCCUGGGACCUCAAUUUGAAGCAAAGUUGAGCUACUGAUUACUAUACCUGCGUCUGGACAGUUCUUCUGAUGAUGGGAUCCACGUAUUCUUUACCUUUGUUCAAGCUUCUGUCUUGAGACUUGUCAGCUCAUUACAUUUAUGGAAAAGAGUAGAAGAAUUCCGGUAUUGUACUUUCAUCGUGCAUGUCUAGUAAUGGUUUGCUGUACUUGUGAUGAAAAUUGUCAAUAUUGUCACGAGCUACUUUGUUUUAUAUUACCUUAGUGUAAAAUAUAUAAAGGAAAAACAUUACAUGCAUACUAUAGUCGAAUGGAACUCCCUUGCUGUCUAAGUGCAUGUUCUUUUUAUGCUUAUGCUGUUACCUGUUGUCAUAGCAUAGUAACAUAUGCAGUACUGUGAU